AGCCUCCUCUUGUCUGCUCUGGAGGACCUCGAGCCCUGCGUGGGCGGGCGCCGGAUCGGUUGGGCCCCGCGCGGGCGGGUGCGCAGCGUCCACCGGCACUCUGCCCUCCCGUGCUCCCCGGUGGUGGGCCCGCCAUGGGCUCGGUGAGUGCCUGUCCCCCGCGGCCUUUCUCAGCCUGAGCAUGGAAAGUCCCACCGCUGUCAGCGCCCCUGUGUUCUGAGUGCCUGGUCGAGGAAGCAAGCAGGUUGAUGGCAGCUGUGGUGAGGCUUUGAUUAGUAUUUUAGACACCUAGCACACGUUUCUCUGGAGCUGAUGUUUUGCUAACACUUUCAGCUUGGCCUAAAAAGCUGCUUUGCUGCAAUGUUUUAAAGGGUUCAAACCCUCUAGGUUUUGAAGUUAGUUAAUUGAAAGAAAUACUUCUGACCUCACCAAAGAAAUAACUGGAAUCAUGGAUCAGAACAACAGCUUGCCACCGUACGCUCAAGGAUUAGCCUCCCCUCAGGGUGCGAUGACUCCAGGAAUUCCAAUUUUUAGCCCAAUGAUGCCAUACGGCACAGGACUGACACCACAGCCUGUCCAGAGUACCAACAGUCUGUCUAUCCUAGAGGAACAGCAGCGGCAGCAGCAGCAGCAGCAACAACAAGCAGCACAGCAAUCCACAUCACAGCAAGCAACACAGGGAACAUCUGGUCAAACACCCCAGCUCUUUCACUCACAGACUCUUACCACAGCCCCUUUACCAGGAACCACACCUCUCUACCCCUCUCCAAUGACUCCAAUGACUCCAAUAACUCCUGCAACACCAGCAUCUGAGAGCUCUGGAAUAGUACCACAGCUACAGAAUAUUGUAUCCACGGUGAAUCUUGGUUGCAAGCUUGACCUGAAAACCAUUGCGCUUCGUGCUCGAAAUGCUGAAUAUAAUCCCAAGCGUUUUGCUGCUGUUAUUAUGAGAAUAAGAGAACCACGUACUACCGCACUUAUAUUCAGCUCUGGAAAAAUGGUGUGCACAGGAGCAAAAAGUGAGGAACAAUCCCGUCUGGCAGCAAGGAAGUAUGCAAGAGUUGUUCAGAAACUGGGCUUUCCUGCAAAAUUUUUGGAUUUUAAAAUCCAGAACAUGGUGGGCAGCUGUGAUGUGAAAUUUCCCAUUAGAUUAGAAGGAUUGGUACUCACACACCAGCAGUUCAGCAGCUAUGAGCCAGAAUUGUUUCCUGGCUUAAUCUACAGAAUGAUCAAGCCAAGAAUUGUUCUGCUUAUUUUUGUGUCUGGAAAAGUCGUUUUAACUGGUGCUAAAGUACGAGCAGAAAUCUAUGAAGCGUUUGAAAACAUCUAUCCUAUUUUAAAGGGAUUCCGAAAGACAACGUAACAGCUUCCACAUUUCUCAGAGAAAACAGGGGUAUGUUUUACAAGGUAUUGCUUAUGGCACAGCAUGAACAUGAGACUGACUUCCAGUGAAACUGCAACACCAGAACUUGGACUAUUUCCCAGUUAGUGCCUACUUUCCCUGACGCUCAAGGGGAACUGUAUUCUUGAUUAUGUCUACUGAGUUACUGUGAGUUGCUUUACUGGGCUGUUCCUGGAGCAGUCCCUCCAAGUUUUAUUUAUAUUCUAGCUUUUAAAUAGUUUUAAUGCCAGUUCUAUUAAUAGAAAAAAAAAUCCUUAAGUUGGUUUAAAAGGCAAAUGAAACUGUCAUUCAGUGUAUAAACCACUUAAAUUGCCAUGUAUAUAUGUUUUAACUUCCUUCCAUAAGACCAUGGAUUUUAUAAUUUUCAGAACGUAAGCUUUUAAAUUUUUUCCAUUUUAAAUUUCUUUGGUGCCAGACACAUUCCCUCUUUCCAGUAUUAAGCAAGACAGAAUAAAUUUAUUAAUAAAAUGGCUCACUGUAUAUAUAUAUAUAUAUAAUAUAUACCUUCCCUCUCUUGCCUCCUUCAGCUCCACGUGUACAAUAAACCCUGUUUAUACAAUUAUGGGAACUGUCUUAAUGAACUGUAAAAUUAUCCAGCUGCUAGGCUGAAAUGCAGUGAAAAGGUUUCUUCUGACAAUUUACUCUGGGUUUUUCAAUAGCCUGUGCACUACUGGAAAUAAGUGACUUGUUAUUGUGAGAUAAUCUUAACACCAUGGCAUGCUUACUAGCAGUCAUGUCCUUGGCAAGAUCUAUCUCUAGUACAUUAAAACAAUAGGAUUAAGUUAAUGUUCAAGUAUGUAUCGCCUUAUGUUUGACAUAAGGGAUUGAUGAAAGUCUUAAACAGCUACACUUCACUGAAUUGCAACAGAAGAUCUCAGCUUAGCUUCCAGAAUUUAUUUGAAUUACUAUUUUGUAUUUUACCAGCUCUGACAGUCUCACUAUAUUAGUGUUCCUGUAAACCAUCAAAGUUCUCCCGACUCAAGUCAGCGUGUACAUAGUCUUCCCUAUGCUUGAAGCUUAAUGGGCUGAGAACUGAAAAUAAAUUUUUUUCCUCCAGUCAA